GGUUGGGCACGUGAGGGCCGUGGUGGGGCACGCGGGAGAGAAGGCAUAGGAGAGCUAAGAGACUUGGGGGAGGGGCUUCUGGGGUACAGGAAGUUGGAUUUGUGGGGGGGGCGUUGGGGGAAAUCCCUCGGUUUCCCUCUGCUGGAGAAGGUGGCUUUGAGUGGGAGGGAGGGGAGCUGUAAAACCACAUGGCCUAGGUUAGGUCUUGAGGGAGGGGGCAGGAAAUCCAAGACCGGAGAGGGACCCCAUGGAGGUGGCUAGAACUCUGCCACAUCGUGGGUUUGAGACCUCUGCCAGAGGGGUGAGGGGCCCUGGGUAGGGAGAGGCACCAAAGGAAGGGCAAGGGAGAAAGUGGGCCAUUUUCCUAUCUCCCAAAAUCCCGAGUGAGGGUCCAGAGGAUAAGCAAAGAAGAGGAGGGAACAUUUAAAGGGGGAGUUGGAAUAGAAGUCUCUCAAAAUGGCAGAUGACCUGGACUUCGAGACGGGGGAUGCAGGGGCAUCAGCUACCUUUCCCAUGCAAUGCUCUGCCUUGCGCAAAAAUGGCUUUGUGGUGCUCAAAGGCCGGCCCUGUAAGAUAGUUGAGAUGUCCACCUCCAAGACUGGAAAGCAUGGCCAUGCCAAGGUUCAUCUGGUUGGUAUCGAUAUCUUUACUGGGAAGAAAUAUGAAGAUAUCUGCCCUUCAACCCACAACAUGGAUGUGCCCAAUAUCAAGAGAAAUGAUUUCCAGCUGAUUGGAAUUCAGGAUGGCUACCUGUCACUGCUUCAGGACAGUGGGGAGGUGAGGGAGGACCUUCGUUUACCUGAGGGUGACCUUGGCAAGGAGAUUGAGCAGAAGUAUGAUUGUGGAGAAGAGAUUCUGAUAACAGUGCUGUCAGCCAUGACAGAGGAAGCAGCUGUUGCAAUCAAGGCCAUGGCAAAGUAACUGGCCCCCAGGGUGGUGGCAGCUGCAGCAGCAGCAGCAUCAAUCUGCUCCUGAAGAGGCCUUCCCUCUCCUCCCCAGCCUGGUCAGGCUUUGGCCCCGCCCUGGCUGGACGCCUACUCUAUUUCUUUGAUGUUUUAUUUUGGGUUUUUUCUCUCAGUCCGGGGAGCUCCUCCCACCCCCUCCCCUUAGGUCCAGCCCUAUCUCACCCCAACCCCUUGGACAAGAUGGGGGCAGGGCCUUGGUAAAACUGCCCCCUUCUUUCCCCCACCUCACACUACAGCCCUGGUGGGGGAGAGGGGAUGGGGGCUCCUUGAGAUUUAGUGUUGUUGUUUUUUUUUUUUUUUUUUUUUUUAAAUCAAUCUGGAAGCAGAAAGCUGUGGAUUCUGGAUUCUGGCAAAAAUCCUCUGCCCCAUCUCCUAUCUUCCUGUCUGGCCCCCUGGUUCCCUAUACCUCACCUAGCACCAAUCCCUCCUCCAACAGGGGACCAGACUAUCCCCCCUCUCCCACUCUGCCUGUGUCUUUCCCCAAAUCUCUAGUGGGAGAAGAGACAGGAGUGGGGAGGGGCUGUUCCCCUCCUCAGGCAUCCAGGAGGGCCUCUAGCACCCAUGGGCCCCCACCCCUCCUUGCGGUUUUCUCCCUGACACAUUUGUUAAAAAUCAAACCUGAAUAAAACUACAAGUUUAAUAUGA